AUAUGUACUCUGUACAACCACAAUCAUAGAGAGGAAUGCAUAUAUUCCGUCCAGACAUGGCCUUGCCAAAGAACAGCAAUAUCGAACCAUUUUCAACCGUGAAAAAAGGUUCCCAUAAAACGACAGCAUAUAAUUCAGUCCUGGCUUCAAACCUAUUGCCGACAGGUAUUUACUUUUCCCUCCUCUCACAAAAUUUGAAUUCUUGAGGAAGAUUGAACCAGCCUUUCCAUCUUCAAGAUGCCACCUCGACUUUUCGACGGCUUGGUUCUGCCAGCUUCAGCAGAUUUUCACGUCCACCUCCGUGAUGGGCCAAUGCUCGAGGCAGUAGCCCCUACUGUGGCGUCUGGGGGUGUCGAUGCCAUCUUCGUCAUGCCUAAUCUCGUCCCGCCGAUAACAACAGUCGAGCACGCAUUAUCCUACAAGAAGUCUAUCGCCAAAUACACGGACGCGAAGCUCUUGAUGUCUCUAUACUUGCAUCCCUCCAUCACACCAGACACAAUCCGCGAGGCGAAGCAAGCAGGCAUCUACGGGGUCAAAUCGUACCCGGCGGGCGUGACAACUAAUUCAGCAUCUGGAGUCGUGGACUACGAGCAAUUCUACCCUAUUUUCGAAGCUAUGCAAGAAGUUGACCUAGUGCUCAACUUGCAUGGCGAAGCGCCCCCCGGGAAGGACAUUACGGUUCUGAACGCCGAAGAAGCAUUUCUUCCGACUUUGCUUGAUCUUCACCACCGCUUUCCACGGUUGAGAAUUGUAUUGGAGCAUUGCACUACGGCUGCUGCUAUUGAAGCUGCGAAGAAGUGUGGGUCCAAUGUCGUUGCGACAAUUACUGCUCAUCACUUGUCCAUUAUUGUGGACGACUGGGCGGGCGACCCUAUCAAUUUCUGCAAGCCAGUGGCAAAACUACCCAGCGAUCGCGUUGCGCUAUUGCAGGCUGCAACGAGCGGUGAUCCGAGGUUCUUUCUGGGCACCGACUCGGCGCCGCAUCCGCUCAGAGCGAAGAAAGGAGGUGCCGGCCCACAUGAGUGCGGGAAAUGCGCGGCUGGCGUGUUCACGCAGCCUUAUGCCACGCAGUAUGUGCUCCAAGCAUUUGAGGAUGCGGUGAACAAAGGCAUCAUCGAGAAGGAGCGCAUUACGGCAUCUGUCCUGAAAGGGUUUCUCGGUGGAUUUGGCCGGGAAUUCUACCGCAUCGAAGCUAGUGGUAAGAAGAUUAGGCUCUCGGCUCGAGAGGAGAAGGUCAGAUCCAAGUUGGCCGUCGGGAGUGCAGGCGCAGACGCGGCAAGUGAUGUUGUCAUUCCCUUCCGGCGGGACAGCCAGAUUUACUCUUUGGAGUGGCUAGAAGACUGAGGGUGAGUACGGUAACUGCCACCCUGU